AUGGCAUCAUCAAACAUUCAAUUUCGUUCUCUGGCCUUACUGAUAUUGGUAUCUUCGGCCUUGGCAGAAAAAUUCAAUGUAGAAAUGUCUGUGCGGCAUGAAAAGUGGAUGGCAGAGCACAGACGUGUAUACAAAGACGACUUUGAGAAGGAGAUCCGAUACAAGAUUUUCAAACAGAAUGUCGAGUACAUAGAAUCCGUCAACAAACAAGGUGACCGUAAGUACAAACUUGGUGUUAAUAAAUUUGCAGAUCUAACCAACGAAGAGUUCAUGGCCUCCCACACUGGCUUUGUGCGUGAGAACGAACCUGAACACAAGAUGAUAACCAGUGAGUUCAGGUACGCGAAUUUAUCAGACGUGCCUAAUAGCAUGGACUGGAGAAUGGAAGGAGCAGUUACUGAUGUCAAAGAUCAAAAAACCUGCGGAUGUUGCUGGGCAUUUUCCGCCGUGGCAGCAAUAGAAGGCAUCCAUCAAAUCAAAACCGGCGAGCUAACUUCCCUGUCAGAACAACAACUAGUCGACUGCGAUGUCAACGGUAACGAUCAUGGAUGCUCCGGAGGCCUAAUGUCCAAUGCCUUCGAGUUUGUCAUCGCCAACGGAGGCCUCACCACUGAAUCAAACUACCCCUACGACGACCAAUCAGACAUUAACACCUGCAACCCCGCAACACCGGCAGCAACAAUCACAGGCUACGAGAGCGUGCCUCCGAAUGACGAAGCGUCACUUUUGAAAGCAGUUUCCAGACAACCGGUAUCGGCUGGGAUUGAUGGGAGUGGAAAUGAGUUUAUGUUUUUCGCAGGCUCGGGUGUGUUUGAUGGGCCGUGUGGAGAUAACGUUCAUCAUGCUGUGACGGUGGUCGGCUACGGUGUGGAGUCAGAUGGGACUAAGUACUGGUUGGUGAAGAACUCGUGGGGACCUAGUUGGGGUGAGAAUGGGUUUGGUAAGAUACAGAGGGAUGUUGGAGAUGCUGAGGGAUUGUGUGGGAUUGCAAUGUACGCAACAUAUCCAGUUGCUUGAGCGGACAGAAGAAUGGCUCUGAUCUGUGAACAUUGUGUGAUGAAGUAUGGAGUGUCUGUUCCUGAGCUAUGCGGGUAUAUCUAUGCUAUACUACAUUAAAAU